GGCGACGUUACUUUUACUUAUACUUUCUAUAUACCUUGGCUUGUGUGGUGGCCGAUCGAUGCCUACAUUGUGCCGCUGAGCCAAGCCUCGAUACGGAAUAACACAGCACAACCUUAAACUGACGGACAACGAACAAAGCAAGCAACGGACGAACCUUUUUCCUUGGAUCAGCAUCAAUCAACCAAAAUCAAUUAUCUACCUUACCCUUUUGAUAUAACUUUCCUCGCGUAUCCAAGCCGCCUCGAAUCUUCUUUCUUCCCCAUCCCAUUCCACCAGCAAACAACGAGCAAGUCGCAAACAUUUUUUUCUGCAGCACAACAUCACGCGCCGCUCAACAAAUUAUGGCGGCCAACGGUGACGUCUCCGUGCCCCGCUCCGAGUCCCCCACUGGGUCGCCUCGAUCCGCUUCCAUUUCCCUACAGGCGGCCGCGGCUAUGAACGCCGGACUCCAACGAGAACCUUCACGCAGAUCCUCCAACAGCUCCCUCCCACGCGGCUUCUCUUCUCCUUCCUCCGGACGGCGACGAUCAACCAUCCUCAUGAACCUCCAGCUAAACGACCCGUCGGUGCCCGCGCCGGGCGAGAUGUUUCAAGACCCCAUACGAGCGAGCCCGCAGCCCAUCGCCGGCGCUGCCCUGCCGCCAGACGCGAGCCGACACCACAGAACUCCAAGCUUGGGCGAGCUUCAUCAGGAGCUUGAGGCAGAGCAGGAGGGCCACGUCAACCGACUGCUAAACAUGAUCCGGCAACAACAACUGGAGCUUCAGCGCCUUCAAGCAAGCCACCCGCAAGCAGUAGCUGCAGACGAAGCUGCCGCAAGCUCCGAGAGAGCACCCCGAUCGCUCCCCGUCCCCAUCAACACCCAGUCUCCAACCGGCAACCACAUCCCGUCAGCGUCCAGCUCCUCCUUUUCCCGAUCGCCAAUCUUCCCCCACCAUCGAAACUCCAUGGAGAUGGCCCGCGCCGACAUGCAGCGCCGGUCCAGGACGCCGAGCAGAAACGCCUCCCCUCGCUUGCGGGCGACUUCCAUCAGCGCCGAGAGUGGGGAUUGGUCUCUGUUCCGUGACGAGAGCGCCUUCUAUCAGGCCGAGACGCAGAUGUUGACCCGCGAGAACCAGAUGCUCCGGCAUCGGAUUCGUGAAUUGGAAAAACAAGUCAACGACUUAUCAUCCAACUCUCCAGUACCAAACGAACCUUCGGUAUCUUCUAAUCUCACUCGAUCAUCAACCUCUGCUGAAGAGGUCGAGCCUGCACCCAGAGCAGCGUAGAAAAACGUUUGAUCUUAUGUAUCUAUUUUUCAAUUAUGUGGCAAUCACGGAUUAUGAUUGAUAUGCGGGAACCUUUCUAGCUCUUUGAGAUUGGCGGACUUCUUUUCCUUUUCUUUUCCUUUUCUUUUUCUUUUCCUUUCUUCCUUUUUGUCGACUUGAGAGCCACAUAUAUUGUUACGCAGGUAUUGUAGACACGAUAGUCGCAAUUUGCCAUUUUAGCUGGCGUCUAGGACGAAGUAAAUUGUUUUAAAUACACAGGACUAGCACAAGAAUAAUCCCAAAA